GGUUUGAUUGUUCCCAUAACUGUUAGACAAUUAGAUCAGUUAAUUUGUCAAUCAAAUUUACUCUUAUAUUGUGAUAAUUAACAGUUGAAUUAAACUUGAGCUUUUGUUUUUGUCGACGAUUUAUUUUCAUUAAUUAUGUUUAACUUAAUUGUUGUAAUACUUUUAGUUUCACCUAUCGUUUCAUUUGGUGCCGAUGUGGCCUGGGAAGAUUGUGGCCAAGCCGAUCGAUCAUUGGUCUUCACUAAAGUUGGCCUUAAAUCACCGUUAGUUGUGGACUCACAUCAGCCUAUUGACAUUGAUGUCGCUUUUGAUGUUUUAGAUCCACUUGACAGUAAUGUCCAAAUAUCAACUGACCUCCGUCGAUACUUUUCAGUCCUUGGUAUUCAAAGUUCCGUUAAAAUACCUUGCAUUAAUGACGUCGGUUCGUGCUCUGGUUCAUUCUGCCAUUUUGUACAAUCGUACUCUGACCUUGCCAGGUCAUUUGCCGAACAGCUUAAUGUACCAUUUUCGUGUGAACUGAACGCAGGCCACAUCCAGGGUACCGUUAACUAUAAUAUCAAAACCAAAACUUUUUCUCGGAUUCCCUCGGUACUUUUAUCCGCUGCCUCUGGAACUUAUGAACUUGUCAUUCGAUGGACAUCAAAUGGACACGAAAUCGGUUGUCUUGCCCUUCACACCCAAAUCGAUAUUAGAUCUUAAUUGUUCACUAAUUGUCUCCAUUGGAAAGUCAAUUGAUGUUAAAUUUUUUCCCAUCUUUCGAUAAUUAAUCAAUCCACAAUUUCCAUUGUUUUCCAAUCAAUUGUAUUUUAAUCAUAAAUUAAUAAUUUUGUAAAGAAAAAUGUUUUAAUUGUAUUUAAGUAAAUAAAUCAUUUGAUCAGAAAAA